UAUGUCUUAAUAUUUUCAACAGGCACUGCAUUAGCAGCUGUUUUCAUCAAUAUUUCGGUUGAGAAUUUUGCUGGAUGGAAGUAUUCUUUGACAUUCAAUAUAAUUCAGACAUCGUAUUUUGCUGGAUUUUUGGUCUAUUUGUCGAUCAACUUGGCUCUAGUUUUAUCUUCUGUAUAUAUUAUCACACAUUUCGCACCAGCAGCAGCAGGAUCAGGAAUUCCUGAAAUAAAGGGUUAUUUAAAUGGAAUUGAUACACAUGGUAUUCUUCUAUUCAGAACGUUAGUAGGAAAGAUUUUUGGUAGCAUAGGAUCUGUCGGAGGUGGCUUAGCCCUUGGUAAAGAAGGUCCGCUUGUACAUAUUGGUGCUUGUAUUGCUUCGUUGCUUGGACAAGGUGGAUCAACAAAAUAUCAUUUGCGUACAAGAUGGCUACAAAUUUUUACAAGUGAGCGAGAUCGUCGUGAUCUUGUUACAUGUGGAUGUGCAGCAGGCGUGGCUGCUGCUUUCAGAGCUCCAGUUGGUGGUGUAUUGUUUGCACUCGAAGAAGUAACAUCAUGGUGGAGGAGUCAGCUUAUGUGGCGUGUAUUUUUCACAUCUGCCAUUGUGGCUGUUGUUGUACGUACAGCAAUGGGAUGGUGUAAGAGUGGAAAGUGCGGACAUUUCGGAUCUGGAGGUUUCAUUAUAUGGGAUGUCUCAGGUGGUCAAGAAGAUUACUCAUUUCAAGAGUUGUUGCCUAUGGCAGUUAUUGGCGUUAUCGGGGGUCUUCUUGGAGCACUUUUUAAUCAGCUUACUUUUCUCAUAGCUUACUGGCGUAGGAAUUAUUUGCACAAGAGAGGGAAUCGUGUCAAGGUUCUUGAAGUGUGUAUUGUCUCGAUAAUAACCUCAGUUAUUUCUUUUGGAUUGCCACUUUUUAAAAGAUGCACCCCUUGUCCGGAAGCAGAUGCGAAUUCUGGUAUUGAAUGUCCACGCCGUCCAGGGAUGUAUGGGAAUUAUGUAAAUUUCUAUUGUGGUGACAAGGAAUACAACGACCUUGCAACUUUAUUCUUCAACACUCAGGAUGAUGCCAUCAGAAAUUUGUUCAGUGCCAAAACAAUUCAUGAAUUUAGUGCCCAAAGCCUGCUUACUUUUUUGGUUAUGUUUUACUCAUUAGCUGUAAUCACUUUUGGCACUGCUGUUCCAGCGGGUCAAUUUGUUCCUGGCAUAAUGAUUGGCUCAACUUAUGGGCGGCUUGUUGGCAUAUUUGUUGUCAGAUUUUACAAGAAGCUGAAUAUUGAAGAAGGAACGUAUGCUCUUUUAGGGGCUGCAUCCUUUCUUGGAGGCUCAAUGCGGAUGACUGUUUCACUUUGUGUAAUCAUGGUCGAGAUAACAAAUAACUUGAAGCUUCUGCCUCUUAUCAUGCUGGUUCUUCUAAUAUCAAAGGCUGUUGGGGAUGCUUUCAAUGAAGGACUGUAUGAAGAGCAGGCUCGAUUAAGGGGCAUUCCUUUACUUGAAUCAAGACCUAAAUACCAAAUGCGGAAUAUGACCGCAAGAGAGGCUUCUGGAAAUCAACAGGUUGUUUAUUUCCCCCGUGUUGUGAAAGUUGUCGAUGUUCUCUCUAUUUUAAGGACCAAAAAUCACAACGGUUUUCCUGUCAUUGAUCAAACAAGAAGUGGAGAAACACUUGUUAUUGGCCUUAUAUUGAGAAGUCAUUUGCUAGUACUUUUGCAGUCAAAGGUCGAUUUUCAACACAGUCCAGUACCCUUUAAUUCAAGAGAUGCACCUGUGCCAAUCAGGCACAAUCUCACUGAAUUUGUGAAGCCUGUUUCUAGUAAGGGAAUAUCGAUAGAUGACAUAUACCUUACCCCUGAUGAUAUGGAAAUGUACAUCGACCUUGCUCCGUUUUUAAACCCUUCUCCUUAUGUUGUUCCCGAAGAUAUGUCUUUAACAAAGGUAUAUAAUCUAUUCCGGCAAUUAGGAUUGAGGCAUAUACUUGUUGUUCCGCGUGCUUCUCGUGUUAUUGGAAUGAUUACAAGGAAGGAUUUAUUAAUCGAGGAUAAUGAAGAUGCAGCCGCUGUAGAGCUUCAAUCCACUAGUGUAAGGGAUAAUCUAGGUGACAGAAGAGUAUCUAGGAGGAAAACAAAUGCUGAACAACCACUGCUCGAUGGUCUUAUAUAGCUCUGAUUGCCACUGAAGAAGGUUUUUUCUCAUUCAGCUUCCUCUAUUCUUUUAAACACGAGAGUCGAUUCUUCUUACCAUCUGGGAUUUUCGUCUUAGGUUUAUAGGAACUGUGUGUAGUAUGUGUUAAAGAAGAUCAUGGGAUUGGGCAAAACACACCUAGUAUCACAUUCUUUAUGGUGUAAUUAUAUAUCAUUUAGUAUGAGCAAAAAAUGUAUUACUGAUUAGUGACUGGGCUUUGUACAUUGUGAUAGUGAGUCGUAAUUUCGAAUAAGUAGAUUUGAACAGUU